CAUACGGAGUGGCUAAACUAGCAUCUCUGGAUGUUCUAAUUGAUCUUGACUUGUCCGGCUAUAUUCAAACGUUCGAGAGAGAGAGAGAUCGUUCCUGGCCAGGUACACAUGCAAGCCCGAGAACCCUUGCUUUGGGACAUCGAUAUACGUGUCACUGUAGAUCUGCUGCACUGUGAUAGCUCUCCUGAUCAUCAUCUACUCUUCUGUUUUCGCGACAUGCAAAGGCCUCUAGAGACUUCUGAACUGGCGUUGGAGCUACAGCCACAUCUAUAAAUACCAGGAGGGAUACUCCCCAUCAUGGCUUCCUCUCCUAACCAGCAUCCAACGGUCCAUCCUCCAAAGCCAAGAAAACCGAAAAAAAAUCUCCUCCCCUUUCGAACCUCCUCCAAACCUGCCAAAAUGCGUGUCUCUACUCUGUCUCUCGCCCUUCUGGUUGCCUUCACCACGGCCGCACCUUUAUCGCCCCCCGCGCCGGUUGAAAAUGGAGUUGGUGGUGCUACUGAGGGACUUUCUGGCUCGUCAGACCCCUUGAGCCUCCCACAGAGUAGCCAGCUCGAGAAGGGCGACACUGGUAGCAGCAUCCUGGACACCGCUACCGCGGGCGCCGAAGGCAUCCUCGGCGGCAAGCGUUCGGACAUUUUGCCAGGCGACGACAAGGAGGAGGGCAACCCGGACGAAUACAACCCCGCAGCAUUUGGAUGGCCUUCUGGACUGCCCGUCACUCAGCAGGGCGAUGUAGUCCCGUCCGGCCACCCGGGGCUUGAGGGGACGGAGAACGGCUUGGGAGGCGACAGCCACGGAAAGCGCGGCGAAGAGCCUUCCGCAGGUUCCUCUGAGAGUAAGGAACAGCCUAAGAGCGAGUCGCUGCCCAAGAUUGACUCGCUGCCGUCAGAGGCGAGCCAGCCGGUGGAACAGGAGACCAAGCCUGUGGAGCAGGAGACCCAGCCCGUGGAGCAGGAGACCAAGCCCGUGGAGCAGGAGACGCAGGAGAAGGCUUCCCCUGCUACUCAGCCCGCCGCCACCCCCGUUGUGAACAACUACAUCGAGUACCCGGCUCAGACUCCCGCCCAGAACGAGCAGAGCACUGCCGGCUCCUCCAAGGGCCAGCAGGGCGACCAGGACACCCAGGGCAACGGCAACGUCCUCACCGGCGACCUGAACAACCCUCUCCAGAACGUCUCUCUUCUGUAAAUGCGAGACACAAUUUUCCCCCUCUACUCGAAUCGCUUUCCUGCUUUGGAGGAAGCUGUCAAAGUGAUGUGUACGAGGAUGGUCGUGGAUGUGGAUAUGGAUAUGGACAUGGACAUGGGUCAUUAAUUUCUGAAUAUA